UGAAAAAAUAAUUAUAUGGAUAAAACAAAAAACGCCGGAAACCCUCCCAUCUUCUUAAUUCCUCACUAAACCCUUCCCUCCGCCGAGCACCUCGUUGUCGCUCUUCCCCGGCCAGCGCACUUAAUCGACCAGCACUCACCUCUGUGACGCUCAUCUCGGCCAGCGCUCGCUCCGCAGAGGCUCAUCUUUCGAACCCCUCAUCAAUCAUCAUCCCGGACAUCGGUUCCGUCCUCGAUCGACCGCUUUCUUCCCAUAUUUUGAGUGCACUAUAGAAGCAAAGCCAAGAGUUGAAUGGAAGGAGACACUCAAUGAACUCCUUGAUCAUUUCUGGGGAUCAAGGAACCCUGUGAUCUUCGCUAAUUUAGUCUGUUUUUCUCUCUCGAGUAAGUAUCUGUCUGUGUACCUCCAGCAAGAUGCAUGGUACUCGUACCCUUUUCCAUCGUUACAUAAAAACUCUGAGAAGAGUUCCAAACCCUCAGUUUCGCCCCAAUAUAGAAUCUUCUCAACGAUUUUGCAUCACCCCAAAACCCUCAUUCUCCUACUCUGGAAGCGGCUACUCGACAUCAGCUGCUGCAACAUCCCGUGAUGUGCAGGAAAUUCUGGUAGAAGUAGAGCGUGAGAAACAAAGGGAAAAGGAGGCCAGGAAGCGUGCAGGGUUGGAUACUAAAGAUCUAGAUGCAGAAGAUGAGGAGGAUUACAUGGGAGUUGGGCCUCUGAUUGAGAAGUUAGAGAAGGAGAAGCUGAAAGAAGUUGGUGACAAGCUGAAUAUGUAUGAGGAGCCUUCUGAUUCAGAGAACGACGAAGACGAUGAAAGGUUUGCACCAGAUGCUAUCCGGAAAAGGUUUGAACAGUUUCAGAAGAAGCACCAGCGGCAUAAAGAGUUGCUUGACAAUUUCACUGAGAGUGAGACACUUGACGAGGCGUACAAAUGGAUGAGUAGAAUUGACAAGUUUGAGCAAAAGCAUUUCAGGCUUCGGCCAGAGUAUCGGGUCAUUGGUGAGUUGAUGAAUCGUCUGAAGGUAGCCGAAGGCAAGGAAAAAUUCAUCCUGCAACAGAAGAUCAACAGGGCUUUGAGGAUGGUGAAUUGGAAGGAAGCUUAUGAUCCUAAUGAUCCAGCUAAUUUUGGAGUUAUCCAACAUUCUCAAGUGGGUUCUAAUGUCGAUCUCAUUGAAAAUGCUGACGGCGAGGAUGAGAAGGAUGAGAAGCAAACAGUCCAAGAUAGUGAUGAGGAAGAAGAGUUUGAUGACAUGAAGGAAAGAGAUGAUAUACUAUUAGAGAAGCUGAAUGAUCUUGAUAAGACACUUGAAGAGAAACUCGCCGAGUUGGAUUAUACAUUUGGAAAGAGAGGCAAGGCUCUUGAGGAAGAGAUCAGAGAUCUUGCUGUGGAGAGAAAUGCCCUGACAGAAAAGAAAAGGAAACCAAUGUAUAGAAAGGGUUUUGAUGUGAAGUUGAUCGAUGUGAAUCGAACUUGUAAAGUUACAAAGGGUGGGCAAGUUGUCAAGUACACUGCUAUAUUAGCUUGUGGGAACUAUCAUGGCGUUGUUGGGUUUGCUAAAGCCAAAGGCCCUGCCAUCCCUAUUGCUCUCCAGAAGGCAUAUGAGAAAUGUUUUCAGAAUCUCCACUACAUAGAACGACAUGAGGAGCACACAAUCGCACAUACCAUACAAACUGAAUAUAAAAAGACCAAGGUCUACCUCUGGCCAGCGCCAACUAGAACAGGUAUGAAAGCAGGGAAAACUGUCCAAACAAUUCUGAAUCUGGCUGGUUUCAAGAAUGUCAAAUCCAAGGUUGUUGGCUCGCGGAAUCCUCACAACACUGUGAAAGCUCUGUUCAAAGCCCUGAAUGCAAUUGAAACUCCAAAGGAUGUCGAAGAGAAGUUUGGCCGGACAGUGGUCGAAAAGUACUUGCUCUGAGAGACGUCCUGGUGAAGAAUCCAGACAUUCUUAUUCCCCAGUUAGGUUCUAUUCUUAUAGUUGAAGUAGCUUAGCCAGAGGAAUAUUUCUAUGCCCAUUUUCGCAGCCAAUUUUGCUUAGUCCCUUGGUCGAUGUUUGGUUAUAGCAGCUGACUGAAGCUGGAUGCCACAAUCAUGGCAGCCAAGAAAAGUAUUGGUGUGAAUUUUGUUUUUGUCACCCUUCUGUUGGAGUUAUACAUUUGUCAUUUUGGGUUCUGAAUGUUAGAGCGAAAGCUCAGAAUCGGGUUAGUUUGGGGAAGGAACUAAAUGUUUGUUAGUUACCAUGACUCUUAAUAAGCCACUUUGUAUGCUCUGUAUCUUUUGCUCUUAUUACGACUAUCCUACUUGGGACAGAAAAAGAUGAGAGAAGGGCUACAAUUUCGACUUUACUUGUUCACUCUGAUUUGUUUAAACUCUCUUUGAAUGUGUACCAUCUGAAGACGGGUUGUGUAUUCCAUCUCGUUUUUUACCCGUCCUUUUAAUAGUUAAGAGC